GUACAAUUAAAAUUAUAUUGAACUGGAUGCUAUAUAACAAGCAAGAAUAAUGAUGUACUCUCAGAAUGCCUGUGAUUCAUAUGCAGCUAAACACAACUGAUUAAAUUUAACAGCAUGAUUGCAAGUGUGCAGUCACUUUUUUAAAAGAAAUUAAAAUCAAGUAAUUAGCAUUUCAGACAUCAUAUGGCCAAAUGUUAUCAGUCAACACACUUGGAAUUGGAUUUUUCCAUGUGACAAGCACAGACAAAUGGAGUGAUACAGCGAACACUACUGUUACCUUUAAAUACAAGUGUGCUUAGAAUGUCACUUGACCAAUUGUUUGGUCAUUUGUGGACCUUCAUUAACUUGUAUAAUAUACAUUGAGAUUACAAGCUGAAGUUAUUCAUGUAUUUUUUCAUAAUUUAAAAGCAAGUUGUCUUGUUUGCUAGCAAACAAUUUGUAUUAUCUGUUUUAACUUAAAAGACCAUCAAAUGUUUUAGAGUCACUUGUAACGGUGAUGGUGUUGAAUUGCUAUUUGCGUGUAUCAGCUAUUCUUGGAGUAGAUCAACUAUGCAUGGAAGUGUCAGUGUAAUUCAUAAUUCAUGUUUUACUAGGUUUGCUCCAUUACCACAUAUGUUGAAACAGCCUCUCAGAAGGUACAGAUACUGAGAAAAAACCCUAAAUAUAGAAACUUCAUCUGCAUUUUGGGCUAGGAUUAUAUUCGGAAUGGAGAAAGUGAUUGGUCCAAGAGAGAAUCACAUGACUUAUUCCACCAGCAAAUAUUACAGUAGGAUUCAGCUGGUAAAUAUGAAAGGAGAUUUACAGCUUUGCUUUGCUAUAACAGUGCUUACUGUAAAAAUGACAAAAUGUAUAGUACUAUACUGCACAUGUUAGUGGAACCUGUUAACGCUUGCUGGUGCAGUUACACAGGAACUGAGUGCGUUGGAGUCUGGCUAGGCUUACAUAUUUCACUUCUGGGAUCCGUUUGCUCUCUUAGUGUGUGUAUGUGACUGAUGGGGCGAUACGUCAGUACAAAUCUGGGGACAACCUUUGGACUACAGAGGUUGCAGUUACUGUAUGGUAUACGGAAGCUGCUCACUAGCAUCAGAGCUUUGUCUCACCUUGCUCGGACAUCUUGUCCCAUUAAACCCCACAGGUCAUACCUGAACUGCCACUCCUCAGCCUGUAAUUCUGGCUGGAGCAAUUUCUUCAAAAAGUCAAAGCAGAGACCUCUGAGGACCACAUAUCCUAGUCUGAAGCAUGAAGCUAAAUUGUACAAUGAUCAAGUUUCUCGAAUGUUUUCUGCUUCAAAAAGGGAGACGUUUAAACAAGAAGUUCCAUUAAGGGUUAAAGAUACUGUUCAGAUGCAGUGGAUGCAAGUAAGAUUUGGAGACACUUUCAAGCGCUUGUCUAAACACAUAAAUAUGUAUUUUAAGCAGAAAGAGAUGUCUGAAUCUUGUCAGGCUGUAUUUGUCUCUGCAAUGCAGAAGCCUUUUACUGGGGUGCAGAGACAAGCCCAGACCCAAAAUUCCAUUGAAGGCAAAGAGGCUAGAGAGCUUAAACAAAUGCAAUAUCCAUCUAUUAGCCAGUCUCAGGAAUCACAUUUGACUUCAGGAUAUCCAGGAUUGCAACUGUUUCAUAUGAGUUCUCUAGUGACAAGAUUUGGGGAGAGCUAUAGCUAUGUAUCCAGUCACAUAAACUCUGUCUUCUUGAAACAAGUCUAUAAGGAAGUGCCCUCAUCUGAAGAUAUACUUGAAAGAAACAGGACAAUAUUUAAAAGAGUUGGCAAAAAUCAGAUCAAAGAAAAUAUGUCACAAGAAACUGGCCAAACUCACUAUAAUGAAGCCACAGUAGAUGUUAACAACACUGAUGUUUGUAGCUCCUUGGAGGAAGGGUAUCUUCAUUUUGCUCGUCAUAUCAACCGAUACUUUGGUGCAAAAGUGACAGAUACUGUUAAGGAAUCACCACAUCAGCAAGGCAAGGGUUCAGAUAGGAAUAUGUUGGUGUACUCUAUGGACCAUCAGAAUAGUUGUGCAGAAUCACGGGACACUCUUCCCCUCCGUCCUAAAUCUCUUUUCCAUCUGAGCAACCUUACGACACACUUUGGUGAAAACUAUGCCUACAUGGCCACUCACAUCAACCACUAUUUCAAAAGCUCUACAGCUGCAGAUGAGCAUCUGGAGAGAGAUCCAUACAAUGAACAAUCUGGAAGUACUCUGGAGAAACAAUCAUCCUUUUUACAGGGCCUUUUAAACUCCUUUGGCAUUCAAAGACUUGGGCGGGGCUACCUUGGAAGGGCUUCUAUUAGUCCUACCACUUUAGACCCUGUGCAGGACAGAUUGGCAAUGAGAAGACAGCUGGCAGAGGACAGGACUCGAUUUCUACUGGCAAAUCUGGAGAAAGCUAGGGCACGUUCCUCCAUCAGCUCCUGUGUAGAAGAUUUGAACGCUCACCUAAUUCUCAACCCAACAUGCAAGAGUGUUGUGUGGCAGGAAAAAUCAGCAAUGCAUAUACUGAAGCACUGCCGGCUGUUUUGGAUGGAUAAGAAACUUCAAGCUGCCUUUAGAGAAACUCUAGCCCUGAUUGGCUAUAUGGAUCCUCUCAAAGGUUGGGGAAUACGCAUGUUGUCCAUCGAUGGUGGUGGCACGAGAGGGGUUGUUCCACUCCAGGUACUAAAACAGCUGGAGGCUCGGACAGGAAAACGGGUUUAUCAGCUCUUUGACUAUGUGUGUGGAGUAAGCACAGGAGCUGUUUUGGCCUUUAUGUUGGCUUUGGCUCAUUUCUCGAUAGAGGAGUGUGAGGAAAUGUACAGGCGUUUUGGCUCAGAUGUUUUCCGACAGAACCCUCUGGUUGGCACAGUAAAAAUGGGCUGGAGUCACUCAUACUACAACACAGAGAAAUGGGAGAUGAUCCUGAAGGAGAAAAUAGGUGACCAGCUUCUUGUGAGAACAGCCAGAGAUGACCGGAGUCCUAAGGUGUCUGCAGUGAGUGCAGUAGUGAACUGGGGUACCAGUCCAAAACCCUUUAUAUUUAGAAACUAUAAUCACUCUCCAGGACGCCUCAGUCGUUACGCAGGGGGAUCUGGAUACCAGCUUUGGCAAGCAGUACGAGCUUCUUCUGCUGCUCCAGGAUACUUCCAGGAAUUUCCCUUAUAUAACGACAUACAUCAGGAUGGAGGGAUAAUUCUGAACAAUCCCUGUGCUCUUGCUGUCCAUGAAAGUCGUUUACUCUGGCCCAAUCAGCAGUUCCAGUGUGUGCUGUCUCUAGGAACUGGUCGAUAUGAUAAUGCCAGAAGGGGCCCUGCUACAUCUACUAGUCUCAGAGCCAAAAUCAGCAACUUAAUCAGCAGUGCCACAGACACUGAGGGUGUGCACACUUUGCUGGCGGAUCUGCUAGAGCCAAAUGUGUAUUUUCGCUUUAACCCAAUGCUGAGUGCUGAGGUCUCACUGGAUGAAAGCAGGCCUAGUGCUCUGAAGCAACUUCAGCUGGACACUCAGCAGUAUUUAGAGAGGAACGAAGCCAAAUUGAAACUGCUUUGCAGUGUACUGGGUGAAGAACGCACCACACUCGGGAGAACACGGGACUGGAUCAGUGAGAAAGCCUGGCAGCUACAGCAGCACUGGGCAUGACUGGACAAAAGACAUGGGUUUAGUGUCACUAAACUUUGCUCUCUGGGUAAUAUUCAAAUGAUUUGGUAUGUAUUAUAAAGCUCCUUUCGGUGCACAAUGAAAUACACAAUGAAUACACUAUUGAAAACUAUUGUACUGUACAUAUUAAGCUGUUAUAAGAGGAAUGUGUUGUGGCAUAUUAUUUCAGGUCAGUCAACUCUAAACAGUAUCGAUUGACUACAUUUUAACAUAUUUCAGACCUCAUUUAUUAAUUAACAGAGUUAUUUCACAGUUUUCUAAUUUCCUACUGUACAUACACUGACUUUAAUUUCUUGCCAUUUAUAUUAGCUAUUUAUACAAUACAGUGUGGAUUAUGUGCCAGCUUUCGGUUAUGCAACAACUUUAGUACUUGUUAACACUGAAAAUAUUUAGAUGUUUUCAAGAGUUAGGAGUUGUUUCAGAUAUAAAAAUAAAAUUAUUUAGAUAGAAAUAUAAAUGACUCAGGUAAUUUUUGUGAAUUGUCAGCAUAUCUUUACAUGUAUAAAUGUCCUGAAAAUUAAAAUAAUUU